AUGACUUCUAAGCUCGUUACUUGGGCUGCAAACAAGGCUGCAGGGGAGGCUCUAAGCAAUUUCUCCAAGAACUUCGACUCGGAGGACCCAUUCUACUAUGAGGAGCAGCCCCACCACGCCAAUGGCGAGAAGCCUGGCAAGAAGAAGAAGAAGGGCAGAAAGUUCAAGGAAUACAAGAACGGCAUGAUGGGCAAGAAGAUGUACCAAGCCCCCGGUGUCUCUGACCAUGACAACAGAAUCCUCGCCAGCGUGCGGAGACGUUCAUGGCAUCUAGACAUGAGCCUCUUCCACUGGUGUGGAUUCAGAUUUGGAUGGUCCGUGAUCAUUGGCCUCGUCCCUGUACUCGGUGAUAUCGUCGACUGCCUGUUAGCUUACUGGAUUAUUCGCAAGGCGGACAAAAUCGAAGGCGGUCUUCCCUCUUCACUCAAGGCGAGGAUGUAUCUCAACGUCGCGGCCGACUUUGGGAUUGGUUUGGUACCGCUUCUUGGAGACAUCGCCGACGCUCUCUAUAAGGCCAACUCGCGUAAUACGUGGUUAUUGGAAGACUAUCUCGUUAAAAAGGCCAGGGCUGUGCAGAAAGGGCAGUCGGGCCAGACAGGCGAUCCUGAACUGGGCAUGGUGGAUCAAUCACGGCCGCCAGCUCAGCCAAAGCCAACUAAAACAAUGAAGGGAACUCGGCGUUGA